AAAUCCCCCCACAAACCAUAUAUUAACAAAAAAAAAAAAAAAAAAAGGAAAAAAAUCAGACACAAACCUCUUGUCUUUUACUAAAAAUAUAUCCGAAAAUGGAAACUUUACGGCAAGAACAAAGUCACGGCGGCGGUUGUGGGUUUCAGCUGCCGGAAAGUCCACGUAAGCCAAUGGAGUUUCUAUCAAGAUCAUGGAGUGCUGCCGCACUUCAAGUUUCAAAAACAUUACAUCCUCCGUUAUCUCCAUUGGUCCCAAAAUUAGCUGGUGGUGAUAUUGGUGAAAACUCUGGUUCCGCCGUGCCGGAGAACAAGAAUCGUUAUUCCGGCGUGGAGACGGCGGCGGAGGAAAGUAGUAAUGUGUUACUUUCCGGAAAUACUUUUUCGUUUGCGUCUUCAGCUACUUCACAACUUGUACUUGAACGGAUCAUGUCUCAGUCCGAUAUAUCGCCGUUGGCAUCAGGAAGGCUGUCACAUAGUAGUGGACCAUUAAAUGGAACAACACUCACCGAAGAAACCGACACUCCGCCUAUCUCUUCUCCUUCUGAUGACUACGACGACGUCGUUAAGUAUCUUCGAGCAAACAACACCCUGCAACCCCUAUUUGCCAAUAUGCGUAGUGGUUAUGGUGCAGGGGGUAGCAGCACCCCUGCUGGAAAAACAGUUGGAAGGUGGCUAAAAGAGAGAAGAGAGAAGAAGAAAGAAGAGACCAGAGCCCACAACGCCCAACUCCACGCUGCGGUUUCUGUUGCUGGUGUGGCAGCUGCUGUGGCCACUAUCGCCGCCGCCACUGCAUCAGCAUCUGCGUCCGGAAAAGACGAGCAAAUGGCCAAAACAGACAUGGCGGUAGCUUCUGCCGCCACUUUGGUUGCUGCCCAAUGUGUGGAAGCUGCAGAAGCCAUGGGAGCUGAACGUGAACAUCUUAUUGCUGCCGUCAAUUCUGCUGUUAAUGUCAAGUCCCAUGGAGAUAUACUAACUCUCACAGCUGCAGCUGCCACAGCUUUACGUGGAGCAGCGACUUUGAAGGCACGGGCAUUGAAGGAAGUAUGGAAUAUAGCAGCAGUGAUACCAGUUGAUAGAGGAGUUAAAGUAAACAAAAACCAUGGAAAGAGUAGUGGUUACUGUGAGGAGCUUCUCCCCGAAGAAAACUUUCUUGGAGUUUGUAAUCAAGAACUUCUUGCUCGAGGUAGUGAGCUUCUCAAACGCACCCGUAAUGGUGAUCUUCACUGGAAAAUUGUAUCUGUUUAUAUCCACCGGAGUGGUGAAGUGAUGUUAAAGAUGAAAAGCAAACAUGUUGGCUCUACAAUCACAAAAAAGAAGAAAAAUGUGGUUUUGGAGGUUUGCAAGAAUAUCCCAGCUUGGCCAGGGCGACACUUGUUUGAUGGCGGUGAGCAACGGAGGUACUUUGGGCUGAGGACAACUAUUCGAGGAAUGGUGGAGUUUGAGUGUAGGAACCAAAGAGAAUAUGAUAUGUGGACUCAAGGUGUGUCAAGACUUUUGUCAAUUGUAGCUGAAAAGAAGCUUGCUCGGCUACCAUAAGAUAAGAGCAACUAGUUAUGAUUUUGGGUUAGCGAGUAAUGUAAAGGACUGCAGGUGGUCGGAUUUAGAAUGAUCCCGGGUUUAGAAAGGAUAUGAUUAUAGUUAUAGGUUUGUGUUAUGAAAUUCUAGAAUAUAAGUAUGGUUGGAUUUUAGUAGUGAUUGUGAAUUGUUAAAUAUCAUAAGCUAUUUACGGUUUUAAUAUUA